UAUUACUUUAUCACCCAUCUGGAUUCUGUGUGUCUCAGAAAAUGCAGAUGGGUAGAGAUGUGUUGUUGUUUGUUCUAGUGAUUGUUGGGGUGUGCAUUGGGUUGGCAGUUGCAGACUGGAACAUUUUGAAUAAAAAAAGGAAGAUAGAAGGUGGCAUUAGCUUGAAAAACUACUGUGAGAGCUGGAGGAUGAAUGUGGAACUCAACAACAUCAAGGCCUUCGAGGUUGUCCCACAAGAAUGCGUCGACUUUAUCGGAAAAUACAUGACAUCCAGUCAGUACAAGGCGGAUUGCGAGAGAGCCAUUGAAGAGUGUCUACUCUAUUUGACUGGUUGUUGUUGCACAUUGAAAGGAGAUGGUAAAGAUGCUUGGAUUUUUGACAUCGAUGACACGCUUCUAUCAACUGUUCCUUACUUCAAAACACACAAUUUUGGGGGAGACAAGUUGAAUGUGACCUCCUUGGAAGUAUGGAUGAGAGAGAACGAAGCACCAGCUCUUGAGCACACAUUCAGACUCUUUGAUGAGAUAAAAGGCAGGGGACUAAAGAUCUUUUUGAUCUCUUCAAGAAGGGAAUGCCUCAGAGAUGCCACUGUUGACAACCUCAUCAAGGUUGGAUAUCAUGGAUGGACUAGACUAAUUUUGAGGGGUCUUGAAGAUGAAUAUAAACAAGUGCAGAACUACAAAGCCGAGGCGAGGAAACGAUUAGUUGAGGAAGGGUAUCGGGUAUGGGGGAUUUUGGGUGAUCAAUGGAGCAGCUUUGAUGGACACCCAAGUGCUAAAAGAACAUUCAAGCUUCCAAAUUCCCUGUACUAUGUUUCUUAAAACCCACCACUACUCUUCACCAUGCUUGUUUCUAGCUAAGCAAGCACUGAAUGGAUGGUGUUAUGCAACUGCUAUGUUCAUGUGUGUGGUAGUUAUAUUGUUUUACUCAUCCAUUCAAAACUCAAUUGUUUUUGUCUGUAAUUUGUAAUUUUUUUUUUUUCACUUCUACUUUUUAGUAGAGGGUGAGAUAACAUUCAAAACUAGUAACAAUAAUUAGACAUUACCAUUUAGAA